AUGGAUAUCCACACGGAAAGCAGCGGCAUCGAUUCAUCGCCGGAUAUGAACAUCAGUGCCGAGUUGAACCCUUCGCCACAUCGGUCGGCAACGGUCAUGCCGAGAAAACUAUCAUUUUCCGGUAACUCGCCGGACCGUAACCCAGCAGAACCACCGGCCAAGAACCAACCGUCCCUAUCUCCGCCGUACCGAAAGGUGCAGGCGCUGCGUCUGUUCGAUACUCCAGCAACGCCAAAAACCAUUCUGCAAAAAUCAACCAACACAAUGUUCCGCCGGCAAGUAUUUGGUCCCGGGUCAACACUAUUCACUGCAGCAGGGGACGGGCUGCUCAAACCCGGUACGGAUGCCGACGUGUUGGCAAAACCAAUGGACGGAGGAAUGCCGAUCUUCAUCACCGACAAACCAAAACCGGUUCCGCUUCAUCGGCGCUAUGACGUGGGGCUACCGCCGGCCAACGUGAAUCCCUUCACACCGCCAGCAAUGUUUAUGCGAACGAAGAAGCGUACCCGGCAGGAGGGCCCCGAAAGUGCCAAGGCCACAAUUGGUGGUAGCAAUGGGCACUCAAUCAAAAACCAUUUCCCGGCACUGUUUCCUAGCAACAGAAUCAACAAGUGUCGCUUUCCGUACAGUGGUCCGGCUACUCCGUUUGCGCUAAGGCAGGCGAACGAUUCUACCACACACCAUACGCUGAAAAUGUUCAAUAUGGUGGAGGAUGAAAGUGGUGAGUUUAGGCAGGCCUCCAAACGGCUUGCCCUGCAAGAUUCCAACAUCUCCCGGUACAAGCAGGAAUUCAUCGAACUGUCGCUGCUCGGCAAGGGUGAGUUCGGACAAGUGUAUCAGUGUCUCAACCGGCUGGAUGGAUGUGUUUAUGCGAUUAAGAAAAGCAUCCGGCCGGUCGCUGGUAGCUCACUGGAAAAGACAGCUCUGAACGAAGUUUAUGCCCACGCCGUGCUUGGGAAACAUGACAAUGUGGUGCGCUACUAUUCGGCCUGGGCCGAAAACGAUCAUAUGUUGAUCCAGAACGAGUUUUGCAACGGAGGCAGUCUGCAAACGGUGUUGCAGGAACGCUGCCUUAAAGAAUCGGAACUGCGCACGCUGCUGUUGCACAUUGCCGAAGGUUUGCGGUACAUCCACUCAAACGAUCUGGUGCAUAUGGAUCUGAAGGCGGGCAACAUUUUCCUAUCCAAAGCACCGCUUCGCUCGGGCACGGCUAUGCACGGUGCUAAUGCCCUGCCCGUGAUAGCCGACUGUCCCGACGAUGGGUUUGAGGAUGUGUACGAUGAUCUGGAGAACGAGUACUUGGUGACGUACAAGAUCGGUGAUCUCGGACAUGUCACUUCGAUCCACGGGCCGCAGGUAGAGGAAGGCGAUUGUCGCUAUCUGCCGAACGAGAUACUACAGGAAGACUACAACAAUCUGCCGAAGGGUGAUAUCUUUUCGCUCGGGAUUACACUGUACGAGGCAGCCGGUGGAGGACCGCUGCCGAAGAACGGUACCGGAUGGCAUCUGCUGCGCAGUGGUCAGUUUCCCGAUCUGCCCAACAUUGGAAAAGAUUUCAAUGAUCUCAUCAAGCAGAUGAUGCAUCCGAACCCGGAAAAGCGUCCAUCCUCCACGACGAUCUUCAAUCAUCCGGUCCUAUCGCCAGUUGAUUCAAAAACUAAAGCCCAGCUGUGUUUGGAGCUGAGCUUGGAACGGCAGAAGAACGAGGUCCUGUUGAGAAAGAUUAAGGAACAGGCGAAGCUGCUGAAAACACUUGAACAACAUUCCCUUACGCCAGUUACAGCAUCGAUGGCGCGCAAGACACGCUACUCCGGAACUUCCCGUGAGACGUCUACCUCCGACCGUAAACUACGUUCCUAUUCACACAAGAAACGUACCACUAACCUUAUCUCCAAAAGAGGCAUCAAAGACAGCAACAAAUCGAAGGAUUAUUAG